UUCUUUCAGUCACAAACAACCACUUUUUCCCAACUUCUUUUUUCACAGCAUUUUCUUUGCUUUUCCCACCCUCCACUCCAAACACCCACACUCACGCUCACACACCCAAUUUCAAAUGGCACCCAAGGUCGCAGAGUCCAAGUCCGCCGUCGGUGGCAAGGCCCCCGUCAAGUCCGUUGGCGAGAAGAAGGCCCGCAAGGCCGUCCGCAAGGAGACCUACUCGACCUACAUCUACAAGGUCCUGAAGCAGGUUCACCCCGACACCGGUAUCUCGAACAAGGCCAUGUCGAUCAUGAACUCGUUCGUCAACGACAUCUUUGAGCGCAUCGCCACCGAGGCCUCCAAGCUCGCUGCCUACAACAAGAAGUCCACCAUCACUUCUCGCGAAAUCCAGACCGCUGUCCGUCUCCUGCUCCCUGGAGAGCUGUCGCGCCACGCCGUGUCGGAGGGCACCAAGGCCACCACCAAGUUCGUUGCUGCCUCCAAGUAAACUGUAUGACAGUUUAGUGGUUGCAUCUGGCAUCUGCCAAAGGUUAUGCUUACGCAGCGGUAGUUGUCACUUUCAUACCAACAGUCGUUUUUCUAUGUAAUUAUAAUUAUCAAAAUAAUAAUGGAACAUUAUUCUUGAAAAAAAAA